GCGGCCAGGCCGAGCCUCGUCGGGGCCCCAGACAAAGGCGGCCGGGCCGGGGCUGCGCACCACCAUGAGCGGGGCCGCCGUGCCCGGCUCCGCUCCUCCUCCUGCUGCCGCCGCCUCUCGGGUUCCGCUGUGAGGGCAGCAGGGCGCAGCUGCGCGACGCGGGCGAGGCGAGGCCGGGCCGCGAACAUGUCCUCGGCCGUGGGGCCCCGCGGGCCUCGCCCGCCCACGGUGCCGCCCCCGAUGCACGAGCUGCCCGACCUGAGCCACCUGACCGAGGAGGAGAGGAACAUCAUCAUGGCAGUGAUGGACCGGCAGAAGGAAGAGGAGGAGAAGGAAGAAGCCAUGCUCAAUGGAAGAAUGACGCCCCUGGCUGCCGGCUUCCCCUCUUCUGAGACUGGAAGUAUUGGAUGUUGUCUGAUGCUGCUGCCGUCUGUCUGUCUGCUUGUGAGUCCGUCUGUCCUCACUGGCCGCAGCCCCUGCCGCCUGUCCUGGACAUCGAUUCUCUUGGUCAGGAUCUCCAGGUUUGCUGCUGCUCCCUUUGGUGUUCACUGCAGCCAGCAGGUGGAGAGAGGCCUCUGGCAGCUGGUGAAAGCUGUGCUUGACAAUUUCCUGAGGGCACAGGGAGGGCUCGGUGCAGAUAGUGGCCAUCAUACUCCCCCGCCCUCCCGUAUUGGCCGUUCCACAGCAGAGGGAGAGUGGUGGAUUGUAUGAGGGAGCGGAUGGGUUUUAGGACAGAAUUCCAAACCUGCUAAGUGCCAGAGGACAGCAGUUACAAGAUUAUAUGGGCUCAUAUGGACAGAUACAAACUAGGAGUGUUGUCCAUCUGCUCAUGUGUGACACCUUUCUUUUCCCCCGCUUUUCCUGUGACUACUUUCCACUUGCUUGCAAAUAUUAUUCCUUUAUUGCACUGAUUUUCACAUUAUCACACUGUGUGAUGCUGUUAUACAACAGCUCUCUAAUCCUGGGGCUCUGGACUAAUUUAUCAAUCAGCCUCCUCUGCUCGUGUCUUGGCCUCUUAUGUGGUGGUGGAUUGGUGUUUCUGAAUCCCAGCUUGCUGCCCUGUAAGCAUGUCGGUCUUGUUGUCUGCAGUUAGUGGAGCAGUGCUGGACUCUCCUUCUGAAAAACACUUUAUGUCUUAGAGCUGGGGGUCAGCCGUGGGGCUGUUCAGGUGAGACACAUAUAUACAGAAUUAAUGAGAUGUAGUCAUAGAUGGGCCCUUUUAUGGACUUUGUAUUACAAUAGAUUGAGAAAUUAAAAUAGAUUGACAGAGCUUGGAAAUAUUUGCUAAAUCAGGAAAAACUUUUUGGGGUAAUGCAUGGUCCAUCAUUUCACAUUUCUGAGACAUUACUUUCAUAAAAUAAAAUAAAAUAACCCAACCACACAAAGCUAACGUUCUGAGAACAGAGCAAUGAGAGUUGAGAAAACUUCCUUCUGUAGUUAGUGUAGCACUAUCUGAGUUACCUACUGUGAACGCUCUGUCUUUCCACAAGGCAUAAAAUUAGGCAUUAAUAAAAAGAGUGAGAAAAUUGAUGGGUGAAUAUGCUAAAGCAACAUUACAAAAUAUCAAAUAUAUAUUUGUCUAUAUUUGUUUUAUUGACCUUCAUUAUAAAAUUUCUACUUGAAUUUGAUUUUGAUGUCAUUAAAUAUGUGUAAAUAGAAAACAUCAAACUACUUUUA